CAUUAACUUGCCCCCUCCCCCUUUCCCUUGCCCGCCACUCACUUCACACUCACUCCCCCUACCCUUCCCCAAUUUCCAGUCAAGCCACAGACAGGACAGACGUCUGCGCCUGUGUACAGGCACAAACGUGGGUAAUCAGAUGGAUAUAGAUGUUUCGGAACCGAAGAGAGAGUUUUAGGAAAGGUUUUGUUGUGUUGCGACAAACUGUUUAAAUGCAGAGGUGUCCACCAAAUAGAUCCAAAGGGGAUGCCGCGGCAGUUAAAUUGGCCCUCGGCCUCGGGCCAGAGGAAAGACCGCUGAAGCUUGGGCCGAGCUUCACAAACCCUAGAGGAACUGCGUUCCACACUUUAAAGUAUGACUUCAAGCCAGCUAGUGUGGAUGUCAGUAAGAUGGCAUCAGUUGCGGUGGAGAUGAAUCAGCAGGUCACAGUCACAGUCCCUCACCUUGAUGGCGCUGGCACAGAGCACACAGUAUUCAAAGGUUCACAGCGACCUUACCACAAGGAAUGUGUCCUGAUCAUUGAUAGACGUACGGGUGAAGUAAUGCUUGAGAAGCUCUCUAGCAAUAUGCAAGUAAAGAAAACUAGGAAAGAAACUAAUAAAGCAGUACCAGGAGCACCAGGAAGACCUAGUCAGCCUGGUUCUGGUUUGCCAGCUCUCCUUGACAGUUCACCAUCUGACCAGUUAGCACCUUCUAAAAAACCUUUCAUUGGAGGAACAAGUAAACCUAACUCAUCAGGAGCUAGUAGCCGGAGCAGCACCUCUAACAACCAUCGGCUGAAACCUCAGCAGAUGGCUUCUUCUCUAUCUGGUUGUGUCCCUCGACAUUCACCUUUGCGUGCUUCACCCUCCUAUCCCUCUCCCGGUCACCACAGAAGUCCCACUGGUCCUUCUGUUGCCUCAGCUCAGGCUAGCCAGAAUAGAUGGUCACCACCUGAUCAAUCUACAAGCUUACCAAUGCUUGGAAUGGAUGAAGGGCCCAGCCCUAUGGACACCUCAGCGCCUAAGGAAUCACCUAGUUAUGACCAGGAGGCUGUUCGGCCAGUGGGCUGUUUGUCUGAUUCGUCGAGUGACUCCUCUUCAGGCAGUGGGUCGUCUGAUAGUGAGACUGAUGAACAAUCAAGCAACCAGACUUCCUUACCAGUCAAUGGUCAUGGAAAUACUCAUACACCCUCACCUGCCUUGUCAGUGCCUGACCAUCUGCUCAAUGAUGACUUACAACUGUCCGAAUCUGGAUCAGACAGUGAUUGAAAGAAAUGUAAUUUUUAUUACUUUGUACCUACAAUGUGUACUUGAUACUGUAUAAAUAAUAAAUAAGAAGCGAGUUCAUGAAGA